UCCGUAGAUCAGGAUAGUGAUAGAGAAGCUUGGCUCUCAUCAAGGCUUCCAACCAUCCUCUAUCUAUCGCUUCCAAUUGCUUCCGCUCCAAAAAGCACUCGACUAAAGGUCCAGCUGAAACCCUCCACCUCAGAUCAUGACCACUACCAUCUGCACCCGCUUCACUGAGGAAUUCCAGAUGUUUGAGGAACUGGGCAAGGGAGCGUUUUCAGUGGUGCGGCGGUGCCUGAAGGUCCUCUCAGGCCAAGAGUAUGCUGCUAAGAUCAUCAACACCAAGAAGCUAUCUGCCAGGGAUCACCAGAAGCUGGACAGAGAGGCCAGGAUCUGCCGACUGCUGAAGCACUCCAAUAUCGUGCGUCUCCAUGACAGCAUCUCGGAGGAAGGGCAUCAUUACCUGAUCUUUGACCUAGUGACGGGCGGCGAACUCUUCGAAGAUAUUGUUGCUCGAGAGUACUACAGUGAGGCUGACGCCAGUCAUUGUAUUCAGCAGAUUCUGGAGGCAGUGCUUCAUUGUCAUCAGAUGGGAGUUGUUCACAGAGACCUGAAGCCUGAGAACCUUCUGCUGGCCUCCAAGUCCAAGGGAGCUGCAGUGAAGCUGGCAGACUUUGGCCUGGCCAUCGAGGUGGAGGGAGAACAACAAGCCUGGUUCGGCUUUGCAGGGACACCUGGUUACCUGUCUCCUGAGGUCCUGAGGAAGGACCCAUAUGGCAAAGCUGUGGACCUGUGGGCUUGUGGUGUAAUCCUGUACAUACUACUGGUGGGAUAUCCUCCUUUCUGGGAUGAGGACCAGCACAGACUGUACCAGCAGAUCAAGGCUGGGGCCUACGAUUUCCCCUCGCCAGAGUGGGACACUGUUACUCCAGAGGCCAAGGAUCUCAUCAACAAGAUGUUGACCAUCAACCCUGCCAAGCGCAUCACAGCCUCGGAGGUUCUCAAACAUCCCUGGAUCUCACAUCGCUCCACUGUGGCCUCCUGCAUGCACAGACAGGAGACGGUGGAGUGCCUGAAAAAGUUCAACGCUAGAAGGAAACUCAAGGGUGCCAUUCUCACCACCAUGUUGGCGACUCGUAACUUCUCAGGAGGUAACAAGGCCAACAAGAAGACUGAUGGUGUGAAGAAAAGGAAGUCCAGUUCCAGCGUCCAGCUGAUGGAAUCCUCUGAAAGCACCAACACCACUAUUGAGGACGAAGACACCAGAGUGAGGAAACAGGAGAUCAUCAAGGUAACAGAGCAGCUCAUAGAAGCCAUCAGCAAUGGAGACUUUGAGAGCUACACUAAGAUGUGUGACCCCAGUGUGACAGCGUUUGAGCCAGAAGCUCUGGGUAAUCUGGUGGAAGGCCUGGACUUCCAUCGCUUCUACUUUGAGAACUUGUGGUCUAAGAACAGUAAGCCUGUCCACACCACCAUCCUGAACCCCCACAUCCACCUUAUCGGGGAGGAAGCUGCCUGCAUCGCCUAUAUCCGCAUCACCCAGUACAUCGAUACCAACGGCAUGCCCCGCACCGCCCAGUCUGAGGAGACACGCAUCUGGCACCGCCGCGACGGCAAGUGGCAGAUAGUCCACUUCCACCGCUCUGGAUCACCCUCCGCCAUCACCAAGUAAGCCAGUGUGGUCAGGCAAUCUCUCGUCUUCCCCUCUGACCCCAGCUGAGCUCUAGAGCAGGAGGGUUUGAGUGAGACGUCUGUCUGAGUGACACCGGUGGGUUACCAGCCGGCUUCAUGGGGACACAGAGGGACUCCCACUGACCGGCCUGAGGAACCACGAGCCCGCCCGCACGCCACAUCUCAUCUCUUUACUUGAAAUCAGUUUAUGUCUCCUCUCAUAUCCGUCACAAGCAAAUCACAUCACAGGCUCACACUAUGUCACGCUCUCAUGUAUGUAUUGUAUAUGCUGUGUGUGUCAGGAACAUUUUAGCCUUGUUAUGCUGUCUCUCUGCUCGUUCCUCUCUGACCUUCUUGGUUCUUGUCAUACUACAGUACUUGGUAGAGUCACAAUUAGUACAAAUGGAUCUAUGAGUAGGAUUCAAUCUGUAAAAUAUAGCCGAGGGAAGUAGGGAUGCUGAGUGUGCUGAUUUUUUAUAAUCCCCACAAAAUUUGUGAACUAGGCCUUUAUUACUCCUGUUUGCAGAGCAGAGAAAUCCCCCUCCCCUCAAUAAAAAUGAUCCUCAGCCACACCCCCAACCCCCCUAAACAUCUUCCCCCGGCUCUAAAGCGCUCGCAGUAAUCGGCACCUACAGUUUUCCUUACACUUAAAUGUUUUUAUACAACAAUGCUCCCUCAACAAUGCUCCCUCAACAAUGCUCCCUCAACAAUGCUCCCUCAACAAUGCUCCCUCAACAAUGCAGUAUAUUAAUAUUUAAUAAUAACAUUAAAAGUCCAGUCAAAAAUAACAAGUGAUAGUAAUAGUAAGAUAAAUAUGUACAUAAUAGAACAUAAUACUGUACGUAGGAGAGCAUCAUAGCACUUCUUUAGGUUCUUCCAAUGAGGACUGAGGGUAUAUACCAUAUAUCUUCCUCACUUUUUAUUGUUGUCAAUACAAACCCCCUCUCGCUUGUUAGAGCAGUUGAAUUUACUUGCAGCGGACAGUGUAAACUACAGUAUUCUGCCUACUUCAGAGUAAGAAGCAAUUUAAAAAGACCAUUAACACUGCCCCAGGAUUUUCUGCAAUAAGUUAGAUUGGUGUUUUUAUACUAAAUAGUGUGUUCUUCUGAUAAAUAUUUGUUGUGGAUUUAAAAAUGACAAUUCAUUUUAGAGACUUUGUUUUAUUGAUGUCCCAUUCCCUCUAUUUCGUCACUCUCCAGUGUUAAUAUCACUGUUUAUUGCAUGCAAGUAUAUACAUGAGCUUUGGGUCUCUCUGCUUGUGUUUCUAUUUCUCAAAUCUGUCAAAUGUGAUAUUUCAGAUGUACUCUCAGAGAUGUAUAAAUACUUGUAUCUUUUUACUGUUCGAAGAAUGUCAAAACGGGACAAAAAAAGAACAUGACAUUGCCUCUUAACUGCAGUAUGUGUUUCCCUGUGUGUUAACAAUAAAUGCCUCACAGAAUAUUUGAUUGUGCGUUGAAAAACUGCCAGAUAUGAAUUUGAUUGAAACAAAACGUGUUUACUAUUGGCAGUUCAACACAGAUUUAUAUCAAACUUUGUACUGUAAAGCAAUUUGUGAAAAAUCUGCUGAAUACGACAAACAAAUGUUUUCCUAAAAAAGAUUUGAUAGAAAAGGAUAAAAGAAGAACCACAACAGCCAAAUCCUCUAGAACUGAUUCUACAGAUUGUAUACUUGUUUUAUACAGUAGUUUAGUAUUUUAGUUUGAAUGGCCAGGCCUACAGCCUACAGCUUUAAAACAGCAUAAGAACUUCCACCACACUGCUGCUCUGAUGUUGCUGUUUCUGUCCUGGCACCAUUGAACGGAGCACAUUGAGGACCUUAUGGUACUGUAUAGGAGCACAUUGAGGACCUUAUGGUACUGUAUAGGAGCACAUUGAGGACCUUAUGGUACUGUAUAGGAGCACAUUGAGGACCUUAUGGUACUGUAUAGG